AUGUCGUUCUCCGGCCGCCGCCUGAGUAUUCUGUCCCCCUCCAACCGCCGUUUUUCGGCUGGAAAGGACCUUUCGCUGAAUGAACUCCGCUCCGAAACCCAUCGUCAAUUCCGUGCUGCCCACGAAGGUCACCGUCCCCAUGCUGGUCUCGAUGCCUCCCGUGCCUCUACCGGUGUCGUCUGGUGUACAGAACGCGCGACUGAACACGGCUAUGCCGAAGAUCCCUCUACCUGGGCCAACCUAGGUCAGGGUGCCCCCGAAGCCGACGACGAGAUCGAGGGCAGUUUCCCUCGUCCCACCACCAUCCCCAUCACCUCUGCCUCGCGCGAAUACGGUCCGACCGCGGGUAUCAAGCCCCUCCGUGCGGCGGUGGCCCGCAUGUACAACGAGCAUUAUCGUCAGGGGAAGCCUAGCCAGUACACUUGGGAGAAUGUUUGUAUUGUGCCUGGUGGGCGAGCGGGGUUGAUUCGGAUUGCGGCGAUUCUGGGCAACUCGUACCUGUCGUUCCCCAUUCCCGAUUACUCGGCGUAUUCGGAGAUGUUGACGCUUUUCAAGAACAUCGCACCUAUUCCUAUUCCCCUGGCCGAAGAAGAUCACUAUCACAUUCACCCCGACAAGAUCGCCGAGGAAAUCGCUCGUGGCACGUCGGUGCUCCUCACGUCUAACCCCCGCAACCCUACCGGACAUUUUGUAUCCAAUGAAGAGCUGGCCAAGAUUCAGGACAUCUGCAGAGAUCGCGCUACGCUGAUCCUGGAUGAAUUCUACGGUGGCUACAACUACACUACUGACUGCGAUGGAUCGACUAUCAGUGGCGCUGCAAACGUGGUGGACGUUGACCAAGAUGACGUGCUUCUGAUUGACGGCCUUACCAAGCGUUUCCGUCUUCCUGGAUGGCGUAUCGCGUGGGUGGUUGGUCCUAAAGAAUUCGUCAACGCUCUGGGCUCUGCUGGUUCGUACCUGGACGGUGGUGCCAACGUUCCUUUUCAGGAGGCGGCAAUCCCCAUGAUGGAACCCUCGCUCGUGCACGCAGAAAUGAAGGCCCUUCAGCACCACUUCCGCGAGAAGCGCGACUAUGUCCUGAAGCGUCUGUAUGACAUCGGAUUCCGCGUCCGCGACGUCCCCCAGGCCACCUUCUACAUUUGGCUCGAUCUCACCUCCCUCGACCCCCCUCUGCCUCCGGAGGCUAACAUCUCCGACGGUCUGAACUUCUUCAACGCGCUGCUAUUCGAGAAGGUCAUUGUUGUUCCUGGUAUCUUCUUCGACCUGAACCCAGCCAAGCGUCGUGACCUAUUCGACAGUCCUUGUCACCACUUUGUCCGUUUGAGUUAUGGUCCCAAGAUGGAUGUGUUGGAGAAGGGUCUGAAUGGUAUUGAGCGUGUUAUUCGUCGUGCUCGGGGAGAGCCUGUUGAUGAGGAGGCUGUUGCAGAUGAUUAA